ACUACAAAUUCAUUCCUUCUAAAUCAGUUUAUUUGUCUGCAACGAUUUACUAAGGAAACAUGAACGCCAAUCAGAGUAAUGCAGGAGUAGUUCCAUGCAUGAUUGUGCUUGAGGUCCUCAAAGAACAUAAUUAUGAAAGGUGGUGCAUUUUCAUGCAACACUAUUUAGUAGGUCAAGACCUUUGGGAUGUUGUCUUAUCAAGCGAGAUCGCUUAUGCUAAUGAAGAAGACCCAAGGGAGUGGAUAAAAAGGAAUGCUUUAGCUCUGCAUGCAAUUAAGAUUUCAUGUGGAGAAGAAAAGUUUAAUAGGAUUAAGGAGAUGAAUUCGGCAAAAGAUGCUUGGAAUGCAUUGGCUAACUUGCAUAAACAAGAAAAUGAAGAGGGAACAAAGAUACAGGAAUUAAUCAAGACUAGUACUGUUGAAAGGAAACAAGCCUCACCAUUGCUCAAGGACAUAAGAAAAAUGGGGAAUUCUGAUGCUGUGAAAACACUCUUUGAAACCCAUCCCCUGUAUUCUCCAGCAUUAAUGGAAAACGGUUCCACUGCUCUUCGUGUUGCAAUUACUGCUGGCAAGAUAGAGUUGGCUAAGGAACUGAUUUCCAUGAUAUCAGAAGGACAGUUGGAAAUGCAAGAUAAGAGUGGUAAGACAGUUCUUUCCUUGGCUGCUUUUAAGGGAAGUAGAGAGAUCAUAGAAUGUUUGGUUGCAAAGAACAAAAAAUUGCUUGAAAUCCCAGACUGCAAGAAGAAGAUUCCACUUGUAUUGGCAUGUGUGGCACGCCAUAAGUCUUUGACUCUUUAUCUUUAUUCGGUAACACCUAUUGAAAUUCUAGAUCCAGUAAAUGGGGACCAUGGAUUCUUCCUCCUCAAAGAGUGUAUAAGGAACCAUAUGUUUGGUCGAUGGCUGUUAUAUGUUCCAAAGUAUAGCCAUACCUAUGCCCGCGCCUAUGCCCGUGAUAUGGUACAUUUCACAUGCGAGCAACUGUCAACUUUAGGAAGAGAGCGACUUAAGAGCAGUGGAGCAGUGGAAGCUUCCUUCAAGGCUAUCCAGCUUGGCUACCUUGACUUUGUAAAAGAAAUUUCAGAAGCUAAUCCUGAGAUAGUUUGGAGCCAUUCCACUGAUCCCGAUGAACACUCAAGAGACAUGUUAAUGCAUGCUGUAGCUCAUCGUCAAGGGGAUAUUGCCGAGUUUCUUUAUAGGCUCGAUCCGCUGAGGAUCAUGGAGGAGUUUAACAUAGAUGACCAAAAAAACAAUUUGUUACAUCUGGCUGCAAAGUUACCUCCCAGCUGUCCCUGUAUUCAGGAUAUCUCUGAUCCGCUUCUUCGAAUGCAAAGCGAAGCAAACUGGUUUAGGGUAAUCCUUGAAACUUUUAUUUAGUUGUUUAAUUACCAGUGGGACUUAAAAAACUUAAGAAGAAAAGAUCUUAAAAUUA